CGGGAAAAUGGCGACUCCCGCUCGUGCCCCGGAGUCGCCGCCCGCCGCGGAUCCUGCGCCAGCGGCGGGGCCUGCUGAGGAAGCCGAGUGCCCGCCGCCUCGCCAGCCUCAGCCCCCGCAGAAUGUCCUUGCUGCCCCGCGGCUUCGAGCCCCAAGUUCCCGAGGACUUGGGGCAGCGGAGUUUGGUGGAGCUGCGGGAGAUGUUGAAGCGCCAGGAGAGACUUUUGCGCAACGAAAAAUUCAUUUGCAAAUUGCCCGACAAAGGUAAAAAGGUCAUAGACACCGUUGCCAAACUGAAAGCUGCCAUUGCAGGACGUGAAGAGGUUAGAGGGAAAAGUGAACUCUUUCAUCCUGUUAGUUUAGACUGUGCGCUAAGGCAAAAAGCAGAUGCAGUUGAUGUGGACAUACACAAGGCCCAGAAUUCUGACCAGAUACUUGAUACGUCAUCACUAGUUCCUGGCUGUUCCUCUGUAGAUAACGUCAAGUCAUCUCAGACAACCUCACAUAAACAGGGACUUGUACCUCCUCCUCACAUAGGUGAGGAAGAGACUCUAGAGGCUGAGGACCCCGUGAACAAGUGCCCAGCUUCCAGCAACAACAGCGCCAGCGUGCUUUCCUCGGCUGAAGCCGGAGGGCAUCUCCCUCAGCAUAGUGUUUCAAGUCAAGCGGAGGACGUUUCCAGCAGCCUUGACAACCUGUUUAUUGAUAAGUUGCAAAGGAUCACAAUUGCAGACCAGAGUGAACAUCCCUCAGAAGAAUACACGAGUUCUGAGAACUUGACUGAGAACGUGACGGGCUUUGGGAGCGGGACUCAGAAGAAGCCUCAUUACUUGGAAGUGCUAGAAAUGCGAGCCAAAAACCCACUGCCCUCACCACAUAAAUUUAAAACCAAUGUGUUACCUUCGCGACAGAGUGAUUUGUCUAGUCACCGACAGCGGGGAGAGUCUCCUGUUGCCUCAGAAGAGCGGCGACGCAGGGACAGGCAGCAUCUUGAUGACAUCACAGCAGCUCGGCUUCUCCCACUUCACCAUCUGCCUACACAGCUGCUCUCUAUAGAGGAAUCUUUGGCACUUCAGAAACAGCAGAAACAGAAUUAUGAGGAGAUGCAAGCAAAGCUCGCAGCACAAAAAUUAGCUGAAAAACUGAAUAUUAAAAUGCAGAGUUACAAUCCAGAAGGGGAAUCUUCCAGGCAGUACCGGGAAGUAAGGGAUGAAGAUGAUCAGUCCUCUGAUGAUGAAUGCUGAAGAUGGGCAUUGGAUCAUCUCCUAAACCUCAGGCUGUUGAAAUGCCAUCUCUCACAUCAUACUUUGUAAGCAUCAAGAUCAGUGUCAGACCUUGUUGAGGAAAGAAUUUUGUGAAGUUACACAACGGCAGCUGUGAACAAAAGCCCAGUUUGUCUUUUAGAUGACUUUCAUGUGCUUGAAGUUUAAUAUUUGAAAACUGUAUGUAACCACAUUGUAUUAAAGUUUUGCAGUAUGUUGUGCAUCGGUCUGAUAUUUGAGUGUAUGAUAAAACACAUUUUUUUCCUUUAAGCCAAAUGAAAGAUAAUUUUAUUUUUUAAUAACUCAAUCAAAUAGGAUUUAUUACAUGUCUUUCAGUGAAACACUUAGUUGUCCCAGGCAGCUAAAGUAAAUUAGGAAGACAUAGUUCCCUGCUUUUUUAAAUAAUGAAAGGAUGAAGUCUGGAGAAUUCUGCAUGUUUGCAUGGAGUUACUGAGAUACUGGGUUUGAAAUACCUAGGAAGAUACUCAGAAAAUUUUUAACAAAUGUUUGUUUCCUUCCGUCUCACCUUAGGAAGAAUGUUACCUUUCCUCUGAUCAGGAAUAAGGAUUACUUUGAGUAUAUGCUGGAAGGUGGAGGGUCUGUAUAGAUGACCAGGUUUGCCUGGAGUACUAUGAGAUAUAGGAAAAGUCCAAGCCGACUGUGCUUGGUGGGAGCAAUAUCUCUUCUGUGUUUCACCUGAUUUGAGUUCAUUGCUCUCACGCAUGAUGGGUUCAUUGUGUAGGACAUGAAUGUUUAGUAAGGAAACCAAUAGUUGUUUUUUAAAAGUUACAAUUGAAUUGUCAGUGUAUUUUUUUUUUCUUCAAAGAGGCAUACAUAGGUUGUAGAAACCUCAGUCUUAUACACACACACAUGUGUUCAUGUCCUUUUAAGUGAUUUUAUGGGUGUCUCCAGAGAUUAAUAGUUAUGUUACAAAAAAAAAAAAUUGUCUAAAAUGUUGGAGCUUUUAAAAAAUGUUGAAAGGAAAAUAAAAUAUUAGAGCAACUUAAACA